AUGGCCUACUCAACAGCCCCGCCAGCCUGCUCCGUCGCGGACGUAAGCUUCCCCACGCCAUCCGUCAUGCUCGUGACCAUCAACAGGGAGCGCGCCCUCAACGCCAUCACCAUGGCCGGCCACACGGAGGGUGCAGCGCUGUGGCAGGAGGAAGGCGUUUUGCGCGGGGCGGACCUCGUGGAGCAAAAGGAGCGCAAUCGCAAGAUUAUCGGCGGGCUGCCCUCGAGCGGGUUCUUCGGCAUCAGCACGCGCGUGGGCAAGAAGCCCAUCAUUGCCGCGGUCAACGGGUUCGCGUUUGGAGGGGGAUUCGAGAUCGUUUUGAACUGCGAUCUAGUCAUCGCCUCGCCGACAGCAACCUUCACCCUCCCCGAAGCGAAAUGGGGUCUCUACGCCGCGGCCGGAGGCCUCGCCCGGGCGGUGAGGACCUUUGGCAUGCAGCUCGCGGCGGAGAUGGCCAUCGCAGGCCGCGUGCUGAGCGCGGAGGAGCUGCAGCGGCUGGGGUUCCUACGGGUGGCGGCGAGCCAGGAGACGCUUUUGGAGGAGGCGAUGGCGCUGGCGGCCGGGGUGGCGCGCAUGUCGCCGGACGCCGUCAUCGUCAGUCGGGCGGGGCUCCGGCAGGCGUGGGAGACGGGCAGCGUGCAGCGAGCGGCGCAGAUCACGGACGAGCAGUUUGGUCGGGGGUUGAUGGAGGGGCAGAAUGCGCGCAUCGGGCUCGAGGCGUUUGCGGCCAAGAGGGAGCCGGAAUGGGUCCCGUCCAAGCUGUAG